UGCUAUUCUUUUUGUUUUUGGUAAACACCUUUGCUAGUGGUCUUGCGUUUCUAGAUUCUAUUGUCGUCUGGGUUCUCAGAUCCGCGGCAAUGUUUCAGCGCCUCCGCGACGCCAUCGACUCUCGCAUUGCAGAGGAACAAGCACGUCAAAAAACCGCCCAGGAUAACAUCGAACGCUCCAACUCCGCUCGCCGUCCGCCCGGACGCAACCAGUCCCCGAGUCGGCGCUCCCGUCCGAGACGCAAUACCGGCACCCCCGUUCGAGGGCCCGACCCCAAGGAGUUUGAGGCCGAAUUCACCAUCGGUGACGAUGAAUCCAGCAGGUCCGGUACUCCCCAAGCAGAUGCACCAGAGGCUGCGUCGGAAGUAAGCGCCUCUAACGAGGGAGAGAGCGAGAUGGUUGAAGGAAAAUCGGCGGAGACGCCCGAGAAAGAGAUGGGAGAGGAGACAGAGGCUAAGGAGACACCGGCUGUGCUUCCACCUGAUGUUCGCGCGAAACUCCGACGACUUGAUAAGCUGGAGUCCCGAUACCAUGAAUUGCUCAAGGCUUACCGCACCGCUCACUCGCGCGUCCUAUCCAUUGAACCCUUCGAAGCUGCUUUGCGCGAGAACACCCCGCUCACCUCGAUUGGCGAACCCAAAGCCUUCACGGAAUACCUCAACCAAUCAACCUUGAAAAGCGACAUGGUCAUGGAAGAGUUGAAGCGCGUCACCGAAGAAAGAGAAGACUUCAGAAAGAAGUUCGAAGAAGCGCAGCAGGCUACCAAGGAGGCGUUGGAUGAGGUUACUGGCCUGAAAAAGGAGAAACCCCAGACGGAGACAACCAAGGGGACAGACGGAACUGGGGAGCAGGCCAGUGAAGAGUUCUUUUCGUUUGAUAAUGAAGUUCCCCGAUUGGAAGGCGAACUCAAGGAGAAGCAAGAAGAGGUUGAGAACCUUAAAACCGAGGUCGAGAAGCUCAAGCGCGAUAUGUCUGUCACCCGCGAGUCGACUGAAGGCAUGGUGCAGAAUUUGGAGACAGCCACCCGCGAGCUCGUUGAGCUGCGCGAAACCAAGGACAAUCUAGAUGCUGAGAUUGAGACUCUUCAAACCUCCAAGAAGGCCGAUGUCGAUGACCUGAAGGCGAAGCUAGCAACUGCGGAAUCCUCUCUCAAAUCAACCACAUCUGAGGUUGAGAAGCUCAAGUCGCAGCUCAAGGAGAAGAGCGAGGAAAUCGACAAGCUCCAGAAACAGGCCUCCGAAAGAACUGAGCCUGAUACGGACCUCGCUGCUGAGUUGGAGAGGACAAAAGAGGAAAAGAAAUCCGACGAAAAGAAGCUAGUUGUGCUCCAGGGCUUAGUUGACGGUCUUCGAUCUCAGCUUAAGGACACCGAAUCUACAAUUUUGGAACUGAAGAUUGAGAAUAACGAGAGGUGCGAAUAUUCUGCCAAACUACAAGACAUUUUCGACUUUGUGGAUGAGAACUUGAAAGAGAACACGUCCUGGGUAUCUGCCAGGGAGAAAGUUUUCGCUGGAGAGUUGGCCGACUUCAAUGAGGUUCUUAAGACCCUGGCGCCGGUCAAGGAGGAGCCCACCUCUACUGUUCCUGCUCCUGCUCCUGCCCCUACCGAAGGAGAGACACAGCCUGCUCAAGCUACCGGUGUGGAGAGGAAGAAGAAGAACAAGAAGAAGAAGAAGGGUGGCAAAGCGGAUGAACCUUCUAAGCCGGUUGAUACAGCUCCUGCAGAGCGAUCACCCCCAGAGGCGCCUGCCACCGCUACUAAAGAGCUGGAUGAACUCAAGCAAAAGAUCGAAUCCCUCACCCAGCAAUUGUCCGAAAAGGAGGCUGCCAUUGACCGUCUUAGCUCCAAGCUGAAAGGCGAGGACAAUUUGAAGGAGGAGAUUGAGUCCCUGCGCGAUGACCUUAUCAACAUCGGCCAGGAGCAUGUGGCAGCCAAGGACAAGAUCAAGGAGCUUUCGGCAGAAAAGGGUUCUCUUGAAGAAACUAUCAGCAAGCUCGAGAAGGAAUUGGCCGAACUCCGCACUAGCAACGCUUCGACCUCAGCUGACUCGGAGAAAGUGCACAGCUCACUCAAAGAGGAAUUCGAUAACCUCAAGGUCCGCUCUGCUACCUUGGAGACUGAUCUUUCCGCCGCUCAGCAGCUGGCUACCACUCGGUUUAAAGACCUUACAGACCUCCGUGAAACUCUUCAGAAGGUUCAGCCCGAGCUGCGCAGCCUACGUGCUGAGUCUUCGGAGUUGAAGACCCUAAAAGAAACUCUCACUAGCAAGAACUCCGAGUUGAAGGCCCUUGAGGGCAAGCAUGAAGAUCUGCGUGCUGAGCUGAAGACCUUCAAGUCGAAGAUAUCUGAGCGUGACGCAGAAGUUGGUACCCUCAAUAAGAAGAUCCGACAGGAGACCGACAGCCGAUUGAAGGCCGAGGAGAACCUUACUGUUGCCCAAUCUAACCUGCGCUCUGCGGAGAGCAAGAAGCAAGAUGCCAUCAAUGCCAGAGAUAAGACUACUGGCGACCUCUCCAAGGCCCAAGACGGUUUGAAGAGUACUCGCGCCAAGAUGCGGGAGAUGGAUGAACAGAUUUCCCAGCUGAAUAAAGAACUCGGAAGCCUCCGAGAUGAGAUCCAGCUAAAGACAGCCCAGUACACCAGCGCCCAGAGCCUGAUGAAUAGUAUGCGUGAUCAGACCACAGAAGUUGCAAUGCAAAUGAAGGAGGCCCGUGAGCGAUGCGAGAGCUUGGAUGAAGAAUUGGCUGACGCUCACCGUCUGCUGAGCGAGCGAACCCGCGAAGGCGAGACCAUGCGCCGUCUGCUCAAUGAUAUUGAGGGUCGUUCGGAGUCCAAGGUACGAGACUUCAAGGAACGCAUGGAGGCUGCUAUUGAAGAGCGAGACCGUGCGGAAGAUGAGGCCAGCACCCAAGGUCGACGCCGUGCUCGCGAGAUGGAAGAGCUCAAGGCUAAGGUCCGUGAAGCUGAGCGCGCCCUGCGCACGGCGGAGCAGGACAAGGAGGAGCUUGAACAGUCGCAAAAGGACUGGCGUCGACGUCGUGAUGAGCUCGAGUCAGUAUCCGAAAAGUCAUCACAGGAAGUGACAGAGAUUCGACAGGCCAUGGCUGGUCUACGCGAUGCCCUCGACGAAAGUGAGAAGCAAGUUCGUGACCUCGAAAAGGACAAGGCAGAGCUUCGUCGCUCAGUGGAAGAGACCAACAGCCGACUGGAGAAACUUCGAAGAUCCCACAAGACACUGGGAGAGGACGUUCGCCUGCGUGGCUCCCCGUCAGGUCGACAAUCCUCGCGGUCAUCUCUGGAUUCAGGCUCUCGCCGGGCAGUCGUAUCUCCUGGUAGGAGCGAGACUCCUCUUGGUCCACCCAGCAAUGCAUCCAUUGACUACAUGUACUUGAAAAAUGUCCUCCUCCAAUUUUUGGAACAGAGGGACAAGAACUAUCAGAAGCAGCUGAUUCCUGUAGACGUCCCUCUCAUCCUCCAAUUCAUCUGCGAACUAGCCGACUACGAAAAUGCCCUCCAUGAAGUCGAAGCCACCGAAGAAUCCCUCCUAGCAACCCUCUCCUUCCCCGAUACCCCGCCCAAGCGCGGCGCCGUCUACACAGCUCUUAUUACCCCGCCACCUACCGCCGACACUCCAAACCCGAUCCCCGUCGGCAUGGCCCUGUACUUCUAUAACUACUCAACCUGGCGAUCUGCCCCUGGUAUCUACCUCGAGGAUCUGUAUGUGCAGCCCAGCGCGCGGGGUCACGGGUACGGCUUCAAGUUGCUUAAGUACCUUGCUAAGCAGGUGCUUGAGGUGUCGGGUCGGCGGUUGGAGUGGAGCGUGCUCACAUGGAACGAGCCUAGCAUUAGGUUCUAUGAGCAGGUUGGUGCGCGCGGUAUGGACGAGUGGAUGAAGAUGAUGGUUGAGGGGGAUGCGUUGACUCGUUUGGCGGAGGGUGUGUAG